UGGACUUGACCUACCGGAAGCACAUCACCGGGUCUUUGCCCACAGAACGCAGUGUUAUUACCCCGGUAAGGUGUUUGGGAGAGUGUGUGUGAGUGUGUGUGUGCGCGCGCGCAUCAUGGAGUGUGUGUGGGAUGAGCAGGAGGCUUAUGACGAGCUGCUGUACUGGGACUCACUGAUUCAGGAGGGACACACACUCCACCCACGUGACUACAACAGGUAUGAGGAGCUGCGGUACUGGUACGAGUGUGUGUGUUAUGAGGAUAAGCUGAGGCAGUACCACGCGUGUGUGGCUGAGAUGCAGCAGAGAGAAGCUGAGGCUCCGCCCCCUGACCCGGAGAAGCUGCUCCCUCAGCGCCUCUUUGUCAUCGAGGAUCGUCAUGUUAAGACGAAGCACGCGAGUGUGUACCCGUGCGCGGAGGAGCUGCAGGCGGUGCAGAGCAUGGUGUCUCAGGUGGAGAGCGCGCUGAAGACCGUCGCUAACUGGCUGAACGGACAGGAGGCCGCGAGUGCGGGUAAUAAGCUGCAGGGGGUCCGCAGGGUGGGUUUGGUGGCGAAGGGUUUGUUGCUGAAGCAGGACAUGGACCUGGAGCUCGUGCUGCUCUGCAGCGAAACACCGACACACAAACUACUAAGCACCAUCAGCAACAAACUACAGGAGGUCAUGAAGAGCGAGACGGAGGAUGAGUACGUAAUCGCCGUGGCGGGUGAGGACGCUGCUGUAACGGUGCGCUCUGUAACAGAGCCGGUGUUAAACAUGAUGAUCCGUGUCUCAUCCCCUGUGGUGAGGGAGCGGGCGGAGCGCGGGCAGUCCAGAGAAGCUCCGCCCGGCGCUCUGGACUCAAACAAAUGCCUGGAGUCUCUCGCGUCUCUGCGCCACGCCAAGUGGUUCCAGGCUAAAGUUAACAAUCUGCAUUCGAGUGUGAUGGUUAUCCGCAUCCUGAGAGACCUGUGUACCCGCGUGCCGACCUGGGCCCCGCUCAAAGGAUGGGUGUUGGAGCUGCUAUGCGAGAGAGCGUUAGCGACGAGUGAUCGGCCGAUGGGACCCGGAGAGGCGCUGCGGAGAGUGCUGGAGUGUAUCGCCUCUGGAAUACUGCUGGAGGAUGGUCCUGGUAUUUCUGACCCGUGUGAGAGGGCAGGUGUGGAUGCGAGCGCCCAUCUUACGCCCCAGCAGAGGGAGGACAUUACCCAGAGUGCACAGUUUGCUUUGCGCCUCAUGGCGUUCGGACAGAUCCACAAGGUGUUGGGGAUGAACCGCCUGUCAACUAAAGUGGGGCACAUGUACAGCGACACACUCAUCUCCCAAACCACAGCACCAGGGCUGAGUGUGGUGAAGCGCCCGCUGGAGUCGACCACGGAGGAGGAGUCAAGCAGCAGUAAAGUCCCUCGCAAAGAGCUUGUUGUGGUCGAGCCCAGUAAUGCAGUGAUGAUCCUGAACCAGCUGCACCCGGGCCUGCUGUAUCGCCUCAUGUCCCAAACCGGCCCUGAACACAGUCCCCAGUUCACCAUGGCCAUCGAGGUGAAGGGAAAGAGCUACGAGGCCACGGGGUCGUCGAAACGCAACGCCAAACUGCUGGUCGCCCAAAAAGCCCUUCACGCUCUAGGUGUACUGGUCACACCCACAGAGACCACACCUACAAACCAAACAAAUCAGACGGGAGAUCAGGAGACGGUUGUCACGGGAACCAACAGACCUGCGAGUGCUGGGGGGGAUGGAGUGGAGGUUACCCUACAGGGCGGUCCGAUUCUCACUAAACACGGGAAAAACCCAGUGAUGGAGCUGAAUGAAAAGAGGCGGAGUCUGAAGUAUGAGGUCGUCUCUGUGAAAGGACGAUUUAAUGACAAGAUCUUCACCAUUGAGGUGGAGGUAGAUGGAGAAAAGUUUCAAGGUUCAGGAUCUAAUAAGAAGGUAGCGAAGGCGAACGCUGCUCUGGCUGCUCUGGAGAAACUCUUCCCCAAUGACAACCCUGAGAGUCAGAAGAAGAAGAAAUUCCCACUGAUGAGUUAUGGUGGAAUGGGCGGGGUCUCAUUUACUGCUGGGCGUGGCAGGGGAAGAGGGCGGGGCAGAGGAUUUAUCACCAAGGGCUCCACUUUUAAAGGUUCUCAGGAGGACCAGAGUGUCUCGGACUCGCACACACCGGUCUAUCAGGCCGUCCCGCCCCCCAGCAGCGGGUACUACAGUCAGCACAGUCACGAGUACGGUCAGUACAGAAAGAACCCGCAGAACCAGAACUCUGGGCAGAACCAGGAGUCUCUGGUGGGACCUGAUUAUGGAUACGGCUACCAGAACACGCAGAACUACAACUAUGGGGCCUACUCUAAUCAGUCCACAUUUGGGAGCGGUGGACCUGGAGCAGAGAAUUAUGGGUACCAGCAGAGCGCCUACCCGAACCUCGGUGGCUACAGCAGCAGCAACACAAACUACAGCUACAAAUAAAACACACCCUGUCGGGGGGGCGGAGCAUCCGUUCACACACCUUCAUUUGUCCAGAGGGGUGGAGCUUCAUCCUGACAUUAGGGUUCAGAUGGGUGGAGCUUCUUCUCUUUAUCAUCUUUCAGUCGAGUCUCCCAGGAGCUUUGUCUCGUACCACGUGCUUUCCGUCCCCACAAGCUGGGUCGUCCUGGAGGCGGAGCUUCUUCUUCCAGUUUGCAUAAUGAGGACUGAUUGAUUAAUGAGUAGUUUUGUAGUGGAGACUUGCUGUUCGGUUGAGUUAAUGGUUUUUGCGCACGCUGCUGUUUGGCUUUAGAUUUUCUUCACUUUUGCUUCCGUUUGUGAUUUUGUUCAGCGGCGUUUUGGUGCAUCAGCGUGUUCACAUUAGUGCUUCUUCAUCUCUGUGUGUGUGUGUGUGUGUGUGUGUGAGAGGGAGAGGAAGUCUGGUCUGAUUUUCCUCUGAGAAUUUCUUCUUGUUCUGUCCUCUGUAAGUGAGUGUGAAGUUGAGAAUCCCCCACACUAACCCUCGUUAAUGCUGAUGGUGAAAUUAGUUUUGUUUCUCUUCCUGUUUGAUUCAGUAACUGUGACUUUCAUCUGAGCUUCUCACUGACUGUAAGAAUAAAAUGUUUUCUAUUUUUAAA